UAAGCCCCUCUUUCCCCCUCUCCUCGUCUCCAAACUAUGCCCAGAAACAGCUUAGCUUCAUAGCACUUGUAAAUUUAUUAUUUUUUAUUUAUUUCUUCUUUUGGCGAAAUUCCUAUUUGCAACAAAGAUGAUAGCUUGCUUGGGUCGAAUAGUACACGACAGCGACGCCGAGUCGAAGCUGGACGACGACGUUUCCACCAUAUUCAACUCUCUCAAUUUACAAGGCAGCAUCGAAAACGGCGACGUUUCCGGCAUAGCCAGUAAAGAUUUCGGCGGUCUUUAUUCGUUUAAGCCCUUGUAUCUAAUUAGACCAUCGGGAGCCGAGGAUAUAUCUCGGAUCGUUAAGGCCGCCGCCGGGACUCCCCACCUGACGGUUGCGGCUAGGGGUAACGGCCACUCAAUCAACGGUCAGGCGAUGGCCGACGGUGGUUACGUGAUAGACAUGCGUUCCACUGGGGAAAACCAUUUCAAGCUCUUGACCGUCAAUGGCUCCCCUUGCAUCGACGUCUCCGGCGGGGCAUUAUGGGAAGACGUCUUGAGACGGUGCGUUUCGAGGUUCGGGUUGGCUCCCAGGUCGUGGACCGAUUACUUGAGCUUGACCGUUGGUGGAACCUUGUCUAACGCCGGCGUUAGUGGACAAGCCUUCCGUUAUGGUCCCCAAACGUCGAACGUAACGGAACUGGAAGUCGUAACGGGGAAAGGAGAUAUAACGGUUUGCUCCGAAACCCAAAACCCGGAACUCUUUUUCGGAGCCCUCGGUGGACUCGGUCAGUUCGGUAUUAUUACCCGAGCAAGGGUUAAGCUUCAGCCAGCUCCGGACAUGGUAAGAUGGAUAAGGGUGGUGUACGCCGAGUUUGAGGAAUUCACUCGGGAUGCUGAGCUUCUGGUGAGUCAGAAAGAAGACGAGUCGUUCGAUUACGUGGAAGGGUUCGUAUUCUGCAACAACGACGAUCCAGUCAAUGGCUGGCCCUCCGUACAGUUGAACCCGGACCAAGAGUUCAACCCGGCUCACCUCCCUCAAACCGCCGGCCCAGUCCUCUACUGCCUUGAACUGGGUUUUCAUUACCGCAACAGUGACCAGCCUUCAACUGUGGAUAUGGCUGUAAGCAGACUUGUUAGAGGGCUAGGAUUCGUGGAUGGGUUGAUAUCCCAGGUGGACGUCAGCUACAUGGGAUUCUUAUUGCGUGUGAAACGAGCGGAGCAAGACGCGAAAGCCAACGGCGUUUGGGACAAUCCUCACCCUUGGCUCAACCUCUUCGUGUCCAAAUCAGACAUCGUUGAUUUCGAUCGGACGGUGUUUAAAAAGAUGGUGAAAAAUGGAAUCGGUGGGCCCAUGUUAAUCUACCCUCUUUUGCGAAGCAAAUGGGAUAGUCGGACAUCGGUGGCGUUGCCAGAAGGGGAGAUCUUUUACAUCGUGGCGUUGCUCCGGUUUGUUCCGAAGGGGCCGUCGGUGGAGAAGAAGGUAGCGGAGAAUCGUGAGAUAGUGAAAUGGUGCAUCAAAGAGGGAUUGGAUUUCAAGCUAUACCUCCCUCACUACCGUGCCAAAGAGGAUUGGAAACGACAUUUUGGGAAUCAAUGGACGAGACUUGAGAAGAGGAAGGCCAAUUUUGAUCCUAUGGCCAUCCUUGCACCUGGACAAAGAAUUUUUAAAAGGACUAAUCAAUAAUAAUAAUUUAGUAGGCAAUUGUAAUUUGUUGUUAACUUCGCAUAUAUACAUAUAUAUAUAUGAAAUAUAUCAUCUAUUAAUUGUUGAGUCA